UUUUGGGCAAAAAAAAUAGCACGUGCGAACAUGGAAUCGGACCAAAACCCUGGCGCGUAUUUCGAGAGUUAUGAAGAUUUAAAGGUUCACGAGCUGAUGCUUACCGAUGGUCCGCGGCAAGAUGCGUACCACCGGGCGAUCGUUGGAAACCCGGAGCUGUUUGCCGGGAAAACGGUUCUCGAUGUUGGGGCCGGAACGGGCAUACUGUCCAUCUUCUGUGCACAGGCCGGUGCACGUAAAGUGUACGCCGUCGAGGCUUCCAGCUUGGCUCGAUUAGCACGGGAGGUGAUCAAGGAGAACAACUUGCAGGACGUGAUCGAAGUGAGCGAGUGCCGGGUGGAGGAUUUCCGGUUACCGAAUGAGGAGGACCGGGUCGAUAUCAUCGUCUCCGAGUGGAUGGGAUUCUUUCUGCUGCACGAGGGUAUGCUGGACUCGGUGCUGGUGGCACGCGAUCGCUUUCUUAAACCGGGCGGUCUGAUGUUUCCCGAUACGGCCACCAUCUACCUGGCGCCGUGCAGUGUGCCGUCACGGUUCGAUCGCUGGAACAACGUUUCCGGCGUCCGUAUGCAGUACUUUGGUCGUGCACUGCGGCACCAAGGCUCGGAUAAGCCGGAGGUGCUUACCGUUGCAUCGGAUCAUUUGCUACACGAAGGUCACGUUGUUACCUGGUUGGAUCUGAAGGAAGUAACAACCGAGGAGCUGGACGCGUUCGAGGCGAAAGAGGUGCUAGUGGCUCAGCGUACCGGUAAAUUGCAGGGCUUCUGCAUAUGGUUCGACUGUACCUUCCCGGUCGGAGAGCAGGAGGGACGCAUGCCAAACGAAAUCGUACUCUCAACGAACCCCGCUGCACCGGAAACACACUGGAAGCAAACGGUGAUCCCACUACCGGAAGACGCAUGUGAGGAAAUCGAACAGCGAGAUCCGAUUGCCUUUGAACUUAAAAUGAUGAGAAACAAGGACACAAACCGAAGAUACGAUCUCCAGCUGACGCUACUGGAUGCAGAGAAGGAGGAACACAGCUUACCCUGCGAGUGCCAGAUGACCAAAUGCAUUCUCAUGAAGGCGCACCUGGAAAAGAUGCAGGUCGACGUUUGACCAAUAAACGAAUCGCCAACCAGAUAA